AUGGAUUUGGGCUUGAACGACGUCCAUGUACUGGUCACAGGUGCAAGUGGAGGAAUUGGACUGGCGACAUGCGAGCUCUUCCUCAAGCAAGGCGCGAGAGUAACCGCACACUACAACACCAACGCAACCUCACUCGAGCCUCUCCUAGCUGAAUACGGCCCCUCUCGCAUAAGGACCGUCCAAGCAGACCUCUCGGACGAGGACGAUGUCAUCCUAAUGUUCAUCAAGGAAGACGAGGAGUUCGGCUCUGUCCAGGUCCUUGUCGUCAACCAUGGCUACUACCCGCCGCUGGACGUGACUGUGUCCGAGAUGACCCUCGAGCAGUGGAACUCGACGAUAACGUCCAACUUGACAUCCUCGUUCCUCGUCGUCAAAGAAUACCUCAAACACCUCGAGCGCGCGACGAUCGACGAGAAGGACAAAGCAAAUAUCGUUUUUGUCGGAAGCACGUCUGGGAAGUACGGAGAGGCCGGCCACGGGGACUAUUCGGCAGCCAAGAGUGGCAUAAUGUAUGGAUUGACUAAGACUCUCAAAAACGAGAUUGUCAAGAUAGCCCCCUUAGGCCGAGUUAAUUGCAUUGCGCCUGGAUGGGUGAAGACUCCAAUGACGGCCCAAGCCCUGGAGGACCCAGAGGUCGUCUACCGUGCAUUGGCAACCAUGCCCCUAAAGAAGUUGGCCACUCCGGAAGACAUCGCAACCCAAAUUGUCUUCGUGUCGUCGUCGACCGUGUCCGGCCACGUCUCUGGACAGGUAAUCAUGGUUGAAGGCGGUAUGGAGGGCCGUCUGCUGAACAAGCCAGAAGAGAUUGUCUAUGAAUGA